AUGUCAGACAACUUGAAGCCCGCCAUCAUUGGCGUUAACAUAACGUUGAUAUUGCUCACUUUGUUGGCUAUCAGUUGUCGUAUUGGAAGAAAGUUUCGAAUGGUGAGCAGCUUCAGCUGGCACGAUGCUCUCGCUGCGUACGCAGGAUUUUGUGCCAUCAUGCUCUCGAUCGUGCAGAUGGCCAGCACACAUAUCGGUGGAGGCCUAACCCUCGAUGCUAUUCCACCUGAGAAUAUCACUCCUUUUCUCAAGAUGGUCAUGGCAUCGUUGUUCUUCUACUUCAUGUGCAACUGGGCUGUGAAGCAUUCGUUGCUUUGCUUUUACUCCGAGCUCACCUUCGAACACUCGCAUCGCAUAUUCAUCUACGUGAUGCACGUCUUGGCUUUCAUGUUUGGUUUUUCGUGCGUCAUCAUUGGUAUUUUCCAAUGUCUCCCUAUCCAGAAGUUCUGGAACAACGAGAUUGAAGGAUUCUGCAUCGACAAUGACGCAUUUGGCUACUACAACUCGAUCUUUAUGCUCUUGAACGACAUCGUCCUCUACAUUAUGCCAGUCAUCUUUACCUGGAACGUCAAUCUACGCCGCUCUCACCGCAUCGCCGUCAACUGCCUCUUUGCUCUUGGAGGCCUGGUCCUAGGAGCAAGUGCCGCACGUGUCUACUUCAUGGACCAGCAAGUCAAGCACCCGGAUUUCGCAUUCCGCUUCGCUUCGAUGAUGAUCUGCUCCGUCAUCGAAAACCACCUUGCUGUCAUUGUCGCAUGCGCGCCCAACAUCAAGGCACUCAUCGUGUACACCUUCCCCAGCCUGCAGGGCAAGUUCGACAAGAUUAUCAGCACUGGCGAUGCCUACCGCCACAAGUACAAGAGCGGUUACAAAAGCAAAGAUUCCGCUACUCUCGAUGUGGAGUCUUCAGGAAUCAUGAAGAUGAAGGACGUAGAGGUCAGAGUGGAGAAGCCCGAGCGGCCUGGCUUCUUCUCGACUGGAAGCUCAAAAAGUGGGAAGACUAAGGACCAGUGGUGGCGAGCGCCAAAUAGCUGGGCUGUCGAGUCUACCACGACUACUAUCGCGUCUACUAAUCAGAACUAA